AUGUCGACGCCGAUUGAUGAGGCGGAAACGCCGGAGCAGCAAAGAGCGGCGAAGAGGAAGACGCAUAGAAAAAGCCGUAACGGCUGUUUCCAGUGCAAGCAGAGACACACCAAGUGCAACGAGGAACAUCCCAGAUGUGGCAAUUGUGUUCGAUUGGAUAUUCACUGCACCUGGCCCAGUCGCGAGCGAUUCUCAACCAAGUACCCGACGCCUCCAGAAAGCCAUGCGGUUGCGACAGCAGAACGCACGCUUUCUGUAGGUCCGGAUGUCCCUGUUUCGUCCUUCGGAUCUCCGAUGAGUAUCGCCGAUUUGAGGCUUUUGCAUCACUGGUCUACGAAGUCGUAUCAAGACAUGAACGCGGACCCUGCGCGUUGGCCUGCCUGGCAAAUUGACUGCGUCGAAGUUGCUUUUGAUUUUCCAUUCCUCCUUCGAGGCAUACUUGCUUUGGCAGCAAUUCACAAGACAUCCUGCGAUCCCCAAGCCGACCGACAGAGUCUGCUGCUCCAGGCAGACACCCAUAUCAGUAGUGCCCUUGAGACCUACAGAAAGAAUCUGGAGCACCCAUCAGAGGAGACGGCUAUGGCAAUGUUCCUGUUGUCUAUGGUCAUAGUAACCUAUAACCUUGCUUCGGCGCAACUGGAAGCACCUGAGGAUCCUAUAGGCGCGUUGCAUCAUUGUUUUAGAUUGGUGCAGGGAGUUGCGCUUGUCAUACAGCCGCAUGUAACCCAGAUCAUGAACAGCAAGAUGAUGAGCAAGAUCGUCGAACAGGGCCCUGGAAUCACGUUUGAGGGCAAAGUGCCCGAGGUUCUCAGGCUGAAGAAGCUUGCAGAGACCAAGAGAACCUCGGCCCACGAUUUUUAUACGCUGGCCAUUGAUGACCUACAUACUCACUUUCUCAAAACCCGGCAGUGCCCUCCUGAGAAUGACCGUCUGGCAAUCGCAUUUAGUUGGUCGUCACAUUUGUCCGAAGAGUUCCUGCACCUUAUAUCGACGCAUGACCCUAUCACAGCACUGGUACUCGCCCACUUUGCAGUCCUUCUCACAGAAUGCCGACUGGCUUGGUGGAUUGCCGAAUGGCCUCUUCGAAUCGUCCUCGCAGCCCAAAAGCUUUUGGUCGCAACGCCAGAGCUUCUGGCCUACCUAGACUGGCCUCUUGAGAUUGUCAAAGCCAGCGCUGGAGAACGGUGA